UUCCCCUGAUCAUGUUUGCCAAAGCUUUUAGGGUAAAAUCCAACACUGCUAUAAAAGGAUCUGAUAGGAGGAAGUUGCGAGCUGAUGUUGCAGCCACAUUUCCCACACUCUCUACUGAGCAGCUCUCUGAGGUUGUGCCAAAUAAAGAAGAGCUGAAUAUUAUCAAGCUGUACACUCACAAAGGAGAGGCUCUUACAGUUUAUGCUAAUAGCAGGAAUCCAAUCCUGUUUGAAAUGGAGAAAGCACUGUAUCCAACAGUAUACACCCUGUGGGCUCAUCCUGACCUUCUCCCUGCCUUCUCAACUUGGCCACCUGUGUUGCACAAACUAGCAGGAGGAGCAGACCUAAUGCUUCCUGGAGUUGUAGUGCCCUCUUCUGGUCUUCCUCAGAUAGAUCGGGGCACAUUGUGUGCUAUUACCUUGGUGGAAAACAGAGCCCCAGUGGCUAUUGGAAUAGCUACCAUGUCCACUAAGGAGAUGUUGGCCGCUGGAAUGAAAGGGAAAGGCUUCACCGUGCUGCAUACUUACAUGGAUCAAUUGUGGAGCUUUGGUGACAAGACAUGUCCACCCACAGUAGUCUCCCUGGAGGCAGAACCUGUCACUGAGCAUGCUGAAGAUGAGGAACAGGAUGAUAAAAGAGAAGAAGGCAAAGUACCUGACGACAACCUCCCUGUUGACCCAUCCCUACAAAUAGACAUUGGGAAUGUGAACCUCAAUGAAACUAUUGAGAGUCCUGAAGUAGGAGAAAAUGAGGAACCUGCUGAGAAUGGACCUGCUGAGACUGCUGAAGAAGACAACUUGGAUGUUCCCCAGGAACUGGAAGACAGCAGGAGUCCACAAGAACAAAUGGAUGUGUUACUUCAUCAGUGCUUCUUUCAUGCCUUAAAAUGUAAAGUGAAGAAGUCAGAGCUCCCUCUGCUGACCAGUACUUUUCUGCGUAAUUAUAUGUUCUCAUGCUGUCCUAAAGGUCAACAAAUAGACAUAAAGAAAUCCAGCUACAAGAAGUUCUCCAAGUUCCUACAGACAAUGCAGCAACAGAAGAUCCUUCAGGUGAAGGAACUGAGUAAGGGAGUGGAGAGCAUUGUGGAUGUGGACUGGAGACACAAAAGCAUUAGAUCUUUCUCGGUACCAGAAACAGCAGCAUCUGAAUCACCUUCCCAAGAUAGUAAAGGUGCUGAUGGUGAGCAGCUGUACCACCCUCCUGAAAUAAUACCACUCUAUGGUAUCUCAUCCAAAAUGGCACCCUUGUUCCAGGAGUCUGGAUAUAAGAAAGGCAGCACCCUCUCCAGUAGUGAAGUGAGGAGCGCCAUUAUCAGCUAUGUGAAGACCAAUGAAUUGGUUGACGAAACAAACAAAAACUUUGUAAAGGUGAAUCCUAUCUUGUGCGACUGCCUGUUGAACAAAUCAGAGCAAUAUGAAAUCUCAAAGUUCAAGUGGGAUGACCUUCUGAGCAGAUGUCUGGACCAACUGCAGCCCUUCCAUCAGGUGACCUUUGCAGGGCAUGAACCCGUUGUGAGGAAAGGAAAUAUCGAUCCCAUUGAUAUAACCAUAGCACAGCGAUCGUCAAAUAAAAAGGUAACAAUCAUUAAAAAUCUGGAGCUUUAUGGUCUAGAUCCACAGGAGAUUGCCAAUAUUCUUCAGCAAAAGGUCCAGGCCAGUGCCACAGUCACCACACUCCCAGGAGCCAAGGAUAGAGCUCAGGUCCAGAUACAAGGCAAUCAAAUCCACCAUCUUGCAAAACUGUUGAUGGAGGACUACCAGAUACAUCGCAAGUACAUCCAGGGCCUUGAGAAGGCACCAAAGAUUGGUCGAAAGAAGUAGCCAAGACUGAAGAUUUAGAGCACUGUUAUUUAUAAAUUAUUUUAUUCAACAGAGAUAAGUAAUCCAACUUCUUUAGCUAUACAAAUAAUGGUUUUAUUUAAAGAAUAAAUGGUUU